CCCACUUCCCCACCUACCCACUAGGCCUCGGCAAGGUAAGGUAAUUUACCUUAUUUUACCGGGUAAAGGGGUAAAGAUGUCGACAUGCCAAGGGGUAAGGUAAAGGGUAACAGGGUAAAGGUAGCUCGGAAGAAUUACCCGGUAGGCUAAAGGAAGCGCAAAGUAUUACCCGGUAAAUACGGUACCUUGUUUACCGCUAAAAGCUCCGUGGCGCAGUCCGUGGCCUACAUUUAAUAAGCAAUAUUAAAAAAAACUUUAUCAAAAACACGCUUUUAUAAAAUUUACGAGUAAUGGCAUAACUCCACGACUCCAGGAAGUGGCCCCGAGGCUUGCCAUAACGUAAGGGACCGUGGUGAUUUACAGCCAACGUCAGUUGAGCGUGGACAGUUAGACCCAAGCCGAAACAUAACAUAUACAAAAUAAUGUUUAAAAACAUAUAUUUUUUAUGAUAGAAUAUAGUAUUGUCAUCAGUAUGACCUAAGUAUACCAAGUUUGCAGUCGAUACCACAUUAAGAAGUGGGUAAAAAUUGAGUUUCAAGAUUAGAGGAUACAACAACGACAACCACAACAGACAGAUCACGCUGCCUGCCUGGCCUGGAGCCACUGCGCCUCACUGAGCACUGAGCCGUCGCUGCUGCUGCACCGAGGAAUGAGCCGUGGACAUCGUGGGAACCCCUUUCGCUCGCAUUGGUGACCUUGUGGAAGGAAGCAUUCAAACGCAUUGGAUGAGUCCAGGCCGUGUUCAGUAGAAUCCGGUUCUGGUUUUCCCACAAGUCCGACUUGGGUGGAGAGUCAAAGGCAUUCGUUAUCUGCUGUGAGUUCAAGUUCAAGUUCAUUUAUUAGGUAUAGCCCUGUGAGCCAUGCGGCUCUUAAGUCGGGUGCAACCACAACAAACUAAAUAUGAACACAGAACAUCUUAAAGCGACGACGCGUAACAGAAACAUCCUGGAAUAAUCAACAAAUAUAAAAAAAAACGUAUUAAAACGCGAAUAAUAGGGGGUUUCCCCUUUUUUCUGGCAACAAAAAUGAAACCUUUUUACGAGGAUUCAUGUCUGCCUUAACCACAAUACUUGCAGUCAAAAUGCAAACAAAAACACACUACGAUAUAUUUUGGUACUGGCAACGGAGGUCUAAUGAAAAAUAAGCUCAUAUUUCAGUGGGCUUUACCUGGUAAAAUAAAAAUAGUUUAGUUUUAUUCGUAUUCUCUUUUUACAAUCAUGGUGAACGCCAAUGGGCAUUUGAGUCUGCGUGUGUAUGCGUGUUGAGUAUCCGUGCGUGUGAGUGUGAAACAACAACGCAGGUGAAGCAAGCGGUGGGUGCGGCUGUGAAUGGCCGGCACGGGGAUCUGCAGUCUCGGACAAGUGAGAGUGUGGAUAGUGGGAUGCGCUGCUACAUCUGCCAAGGCACGUUCGUCUGCCCCUCCACGCUGAGCUGCGGACACUCGUUCUGCCUGCGGUGCCUGGAGGCCGCCUGGGAGACGGCGAGCAGCUUCAGCUGCCCGCAGUGCCGAGCGACCUUCCCUGUGCGACCCCAGCUGAGGAGGAACGUGGCCCUCGCCAACCUGGUGGAGCAACUCAGAGUUGGAGACGGGAUGGCCGCGGCCAUCUUGUGUGACAUCUGCGGUGAUGGCCACACUCCUGCAGUGAAGACCUGCCUGAGAUGUGAGAUGUCCUACUGUGUGAGGCACUUGAGGCCUCAUGUAGAUAAUCCCAGGUUGAGAGACCACGCCAUAGUGGAUCCCAUCGCGAACCUGGAGGAUCGACGGUGUCGGGAGCACAGAGAGGAGUUCAAGUUGUACUGUGAAGAAGAUGAUAGUCUGGUCUGCACAGUCUGUGCCAUUGGAGGAGACCAUUCUGGACACAGGGUCAUCGCAGUGGAAAGAGUGCAACAGACAAGACAGGAGGAGCUCAGAGUCAAGAAGAAGGGGAGAGAGGAGAAGAGGAACACGGCGACGUCACGGGCACGGACACUCAGGGACGACUACCGGCGCGUGGAGGAGUCUGUGCGUGGGAUCAAGGCGCGGAUCAGCCGAGAGUUUGAGCGCCGGAGGGAGCAGCUAAGGCAGGAGGAGAGGGAGGUGCUGGAGCGCGUGGACGAGGAGGGCCGCUCCGUGCUGUCCCGCAUCCAGGCGGACAUCGCUCGCUACGAGAGCAGAGCACGUGGCCUGGAGCAGGAGAUCAACCAGCUGCUCGCCGCCCUCGCCGUGCAGGACCCGCUCUCCUUCCUGCAGGAUCCCCUGCAUGAGAAUCUCAGGAUCUUGGACGCGCAGGGAAUCCAAGAUGCGCCUCCUCCCACAUUCAGUCCCCAAGAGCUCACAAAGGUCAUCUCGCUAGGAGGAGUGAAUACGAAGCGCGUGGCUCUCGUGUAUGGACGCUCACCGACUCUGGACACAAACUCAGCCAGCAACGACCUCGAGAUUUCCUCGGACCUCAGGACGAUGACGUGGAGCCGUGUCUCCCAGGGUCGCCCCCAUCACCCACACCGCUUUGAGUGCCUGCAACAAGCCCUGUGCUCUGAGAGCUUCUCGUCGGGUCAGCACUACUGGGAGGUGGACGUGGGGAGCGCGAGGCGGUGUCUGGUUGGAGUCGCGUACGGGACGAUCCCACGGAGAGGGAGUGGUGCUGAGUGCCUCCUGGGAGGGAGCGACGUCUCCUGGUGUCUACGGAAAGCUGACGACAUCUUCUCAGUGCUGCAUGGCGGGGUAGUGACGUCACUGUCAAUGCCGCAGCCUCCGCGGAGAGUCGGGGUCCACCUGGACUGGGACGCGGGGCUGCUGUCAUUUUACAGCGCCGACUCCAUGGCGCUGUUGCACUCGUUUAAUAAAACUUUCACUCAGCCCCUACACCCUGGGCUGCUGGUGGGUAAAGGUGCCUCAGUGAGGAUUGUGGAUCUGAGUGGUGCGUCCUGAGAGAGGUGAACGUGAACAGCGCAGAGGGCAGACGCCACCACGACGCACGGCGCUCGCCACCCUCGUCACCGCCACGCCCGUGACUGGCUGGUGGCUAUCGGUGGCUAGGGGCUGCGUGGCUCUCCAUCACAACGGGGGGGCUGAGCGUAAAGAAUCCUCACAACCUUCAUUAGGGGGGGGGGGGUGAUAAAAUAGGUAUCGCUCUGUGUGUGUGUGAAGCCAACGUGGAUGUAUUCACCCUGCCAGAAGAGUGUGACUGUGGUGUAGGGUGCAGUGAUUAGCAAUGGUGAACUGGGAUGUGUUUAUUCACUGGUGGUGUCAUGGGUUGUGGGAGAGACACAACAACAAUAAUAUUAUAUUCGUUACGUUCUUUCGGUAAAGUCACGUAGAUAGAAAAAAAGAAAAAAUAA